ACUGAAUCACGCCCUUUCUGACCGGGGUGAGGAUGAUCCUUGUGGUGCACACAAUCUCGCGUACGGGAAGACUCAAUCGCAUCACCGUCAUGACUGAUCCAUGAUGGCUCCGCCGUUGCACCGUCGGUCAUGGCGCCAAUCAAGGGCGUCGGCACUAAUCAUCGCGGCGGCCUUUUUCUCCGCAGGCUUCAUACUAUUCUUCUACUUCAGACCUAGCUAUGUUGCUCCAAUUCCCGAUCUCGAGUCUAGUCCUUCCCUAGCUUCACCCGAUGACACCAAUCCUUGCUUCGUGGAUCUCGAUCUUCUCCGACAACACUCCAGUACCGCCACAGUACAAUAUGCUAGGCUUGAGAUAGCCGUGACACCUACGGCAAACUUCACUGGUUAUGCGGAUACUCUUAGCACGCGCUUUCCCAAGUUUCGCACCGUACACCUAGACACCGAAGCCCAUCGAGAGACUCUGUCGCUGGAAAAAUGUACUGCCACCGUGACCAUCGAGGGGCCUCAGCCCAGUGCACCCCCGGACGCAUCUCAUAUCAUAUUCGGCCUUUCUACAUCGAUUGAUCGCUUGAUUGACUCCCUGGAUGCGUUUGCGCAUUGGGCUGCGGGAACCAAUGCGCAGAUCUUGGCUGUGGUGGAAAGCGGGGGACAAAAGAAGGAGGCUGAGAGACGGGCGCAGGCGCUGGGAAUUCGGCUUACCAUCGUCGAGGAAGAUAAUGAGCGCUUGGAUCGAUACUUCUAUCUGGUGCAGUACUUGUACAAGCACAAGGACAAGUCUACUCAGUGGGUGGUCAUGAUGGAUGAUGAUACAUUCUUCCCGUCAAUGACCCGGCUGGUGGAUCGGUUGACCACCUACGAUGCCUCAAUGCCUCAGUAUGUCGGUGCUGUGACGGAGGAUCUGCAGCAGAUGUACAGUAGUGGCUACAUGGCAUAUGGUGGUGCAGGGAUCUUCCUAUCUCUUCCGCUUCUCGAGCAACUCCAGCCGUGGUUCGAUGAAUGCUACGUGUUCAAAGGGGGUGGUGACCACAUGCUCUCGCAGUGCAUCUAUAAGCACACGAAUACUAAGCUGUCCUGGGAGCGAGAUCUUUUCCAGCUGGAUCUCCGGGGAGAUGCGUCAGGAUUUUACGAGGCUGGGCGGGCUCAGCCUCUCUCGGUACAUCAUUGGAAGUCUUGGUUUCAGGCUGAUAUGGCGGCUCUCAGCAAGGCGUCCAGCAUCUGUGGCGAGGAGUGUUUGCUCCACAGGUGGCUCUUACAGGACGAGUGGUAUCUUGUCAACGGAUUUUCCGUGAUCAAGUAUUCGACCGUGUCAGACGAUCCCUUGGCCAUGGAGCAGACAUGGAAUGCUAGCCAGUAUACUGGUCCGAAUCCGUUUACUUACAGUCUGGGGCCACUACGCCGCAAGGAUGAAAAGAAGAUUUCUUUUCGGAUGAGAGAUGUAGUGCAGGAGAAGGACCGAGUGAGGCAGAUUUAUGUGCAUGAGGUGACACCUGAGGAGGUGGAGGUGUUGGAGGUGGUUUGGAACCAUGCUGCAUAAGAAUGACUGUUCGAUUAGAUACACAUAGAUGUAGAGAGAGAGAGAAAGAC